CAUCAUUGAAAUGCACCACUUUUAUUUUUCUUUUUUACAUUUAAUUUCUUCAUCCUUAGCCUCCUGCUCAGGUCCAUGAUCCAACACCAUUCUUAAAUAAGCACGUAUUGUGUCUUCUCCACAUUGACCUUGGAACGUCAUUUCUCAUGGCAGUUUCUCAGAUCAUUCUGUGGAGAUUGACUUCUGGGGUCUUUGGAGUAAUGUGCCUUUUCUUAAUGGCUACUUUGGGAAUUUUGAUGAAAAUUUCAUUUACUAAACAAAGCAUUCAGACAGCAUUAUCUCUGGGACCCAUCAUAGAAUUCCAAGAAGUCUCUGACUGCUGUUCUUGCUCAGACAAGUGGAUUGGUUACCAAUGCAACUGUUACUUCUUUUCUACUGAAAGCAGCACUUGGGAAGAAAGUAGGCAUUUCUGUGCUUCUAGGAACGCCAGUCUGUUUCAGCUCAAAAACAGUGGUGAAUUGGGCCAUUUUCUGAACUCCAUUCAAACACAUUUUUGGAUUGGAAUGUUUUAUAAUAAAGAACAUGCAGCCUGGCUAUGGGAAGAUGGCUCAGUUCCCUCCCAAGAUCUAUUUCCAACGUCUCAAAAGAUUAGUACAAAUUACUGCAUGAUGUAUUCUCCAAGCCGAAGUUUUUUGGAAGAACACUGUGAAAAGAAAAAUAAUUUUAUCUGUAAGCAGCAACUUAUUUAAAUGGUUUUUUUUGAGGCAGAGUGGUUAAAUAAUAAAGA